AUGGAUUGUUGGUCCCUUUCUCUCCCUCUCGACGACGAGUUCAAGAAGCUCGUCAAUCGGUUACCAUUGAUAAUGAUUCCAUCAGAAAAGCUACUCCGAUUAAGGUCUUUUUUUUUCUACUUCAAUUAUUAUUUAUCCCUUCCAUUAAGCCCUUUCGUUGCAUCAGCAAGCAGCCGAAAACCAACUCCGGCAGCAACUCAACUCACCAACCGUGCUGCUGUUCUCAUCUGCCUCUUCCUAACCGACAUUGGCGAGCUCCGCGUCAUCCUCACAAAGCGAGCCUCUACGCUUUCUUCCCACUCUGGGGAAGUUGCACUCCCUGGCGGAAAAAGGGACCUGAGUGAUGCAGACGAUGUUGCGACGGCAUUGAGGGAGGCAGAGGAGGAAAUUGGAUUAGCCCCUGCUCUUGUUAACAUCAUCGCUGUUCUUCAACCAUUUGUUAAUAAGAAGGGUAUGACUGUAGUUCCUGUCCUUGGCCUGUUAUCUAGCAAGGAAGCAUUCAAUCCAACUCCAAAUGCUGGUGAAGUAGAUGCAGUAUUUGAUGUUCCCUUGGAAAUGUUCCUUAAGGAUGAGAAAAGAAGAGCAGUGGAGAAGGAAUGGAUGGGAUAUAAUUAUCUACUACACUUUUUUGACUACGAAUGUAAGAUAUAA